CCGCACCGGACCGGAGGAGCUGUCAUGGCGUCUCCCUUGAAGGGGGUUUGGUGCUUGAAACAGUAGUCUCUUCUCUGUUUCCCAGCUCGCCAAAAAGCAGCAGGUUCUGCCUGAAGAAGCCUGUAGACUCGGAUCGUUGCCAUGGGGACUGUCCAUGCAAAGAGUAUGGACGCCGUCCCGAUGCACGGCCGGGAUCUGGGAGUCAGUCCUGACGACCUGAUGGAGCCGCUGGAGCAGGAACAAGACUCCAAGCAGGAGAUCCUGGAAAAUAAAGAUGUCGUUGUUCAGCACGUCAAUAUUCAGGGUCUGGGGAGAACCAAAGAGGAUCUGCUCGGCUAUGAGAUCUCCGAUGUUUUCCACGCCAGGAAUCUCAUCGAUGUGAUGAAGAAAGCCCACGUGGCCAGGCAGAGACUCCUCCGUCUGGGAAUCUUCAAGGAGGUGGAGGUUCUCAUCGAUACGUAUGAAGGUGCAGACGCUCUGCCCAACGGGCUGGACGUAACCUUUGAGGUGAUGGAAGUCAAGAGACUGACAGGAAGCUACAACACUAUGGUUGGAAACAAUGAAGGCAGUAUGGUCCUGGGUCUGAAGCUGCCCAACAUGCUGGGGCGAGCAGAGAAACUCACCUUCCAGUUCUCCUACGGGACUAAAGAAACUUCCUACGGCCUGUCCUUCUUCAAGCCCCAGCCCGGUUACUUUGAACGCAACCUCACCCUCAACAUGUAUAAAGUCACUGGGCAGUUUCCAUGGAGUUCCUUAAAAGAGACUGACAGAGGCGUGUCUGCAGAAUUAAACUUCCCCGUGGGCGUGACGAGCCACACGCUGAAGUGGGAGGGCGUGUGGAGGGAGCUGGGAUGUCUGGCUCGCAGCGCCUCCUUCGCCGUGCGGGAGGAGAGCGGCCACUCGCUCAAGUCUGCCCUCUCGCACACCGUGUCCGUUGACUCCAGAAACUCGGCCAUCUUCCCCAGCAGAGGUGCCUUACUGCGCAUCAACCAGGAGCUGGCCGGCUACACCGGAGGAGACGCCAGCUUUCUCAAGGAGGACUUUGAGCUGCAGCUCAACAAACGGCUCUUCUGGGACUCCGUCCUGUCUGCGUCUCUCUGGGGGGGGAUGCUCUACCCCGUCAGACGGCUGCCCUCCUGCAUCGCUGACAGGUUCUACCUUGGCGGUCCCACCAGUGUACGAGGGUUUGGGAUGUACAGCAUUGGCCCACAGAGUGAAGGUGACUUCCUGGGCGGGGAAGCGUACUGGGCCAGCGGGCUGCACCUCUACACCCCUCUACCGUUCCGGCCCGGCAAGGGAGGCUUCGGAGAUCUGUUCAGAACACACUUCUUCCUCAACGCUGGCAAUCUCUGCAACCUCAACUACGGCGACGGCCCCCGGGCUCACCUGCAGAAGCUGGCCGAGUGCAUCCGCUGGUCCUACGGGGCGGGGAUCGUGGUGCGUCUGGGAAACAUCGCCAGACUGGAGCUCAACUACUGCGUGCCAAUGGGAGUCCAGAGCGGAGACCGGAUAUGUGAUGGAGUCCAGUUUGGAGCAGGAAUCCGCUUCCUGUGAUCUCUUCACAUCAACGCCCUCACUAGUUCAGCAAAAUGUGGCAGAAAUGGGGGGAGCACUUUAUUUUUCACCCGUACCUUGUUGUAGCGUGUAAAGCACUAGCAUGGAUGGACGAGCCAGUGAUGUUCCAGUGUUUUCACCUGCUGUUUUCUGUGGUGGCAGAAGGUCUUUUUUUUGUGAAUGUCAAAGAUAUUUUAAGUAUUUUCCCCAGUUUGCCUUCUAUGACAACCUUUGCUCCAUGGGCAGAAUGUGGUAAUGUUUUAUUUCUGUGGUAAACGUACACCGGUACCACGCGCUCAACGACCCACGGCAGCAGCACCGACAGGAAUCUGCUCAAACCAUCAUCAGGUUUUCAUCCAAAGGAAAGAAUUGCAAGAAGAGCUUGAGUUCGCGUUGCAGCGUUUUGGUUUGUAGCCCCCGUGGAACAGCCACCCACCUCUAGUGCUCCGUCAUCCUCACGGUCCUCUUUCUGAUGUCGCUAAAGUUAUUCACAAAUAAAUCACUGCUGUUCCCUUCA